CUCCGUCUUCUGCUCAGUGUUGUCCACCGAGCCCAAUGGCUUUCUGCGCUUCUGCUCCGCCCUUCUGCAGUCUCAUCGGUGCCCAUCGGUGGACGUCGCCGUCCAAGGCUUCACCACGUCCAUGCUUCCGACCACAUAUCCGGUGUGCUGCGCAGACUCCUCCUCGGCGAUCGGCUAAUUACCAGCCAAGUUCGUGGAGUGACGAAUACAUCCAAUCGCUAAGAAAUGACACCAAGGUGGAGGAGGAUAACGCAACAAGGAUGGGAAAACUGACAGAGGACGUGAAACAACUGAUCUACAUGAAGAAGGGAAUUGAGGACCAGCUUCAACUGAUCGAUCACCUGCAGCAGCUUGGGGUGGCGUAUCACUUUAAGGAGGAUAUUAAGGAUGCUUUAGGGACUAUAUACGGUUCCGUGGAAAAGGUGAACAUGUUGCUGAAGGAUAAUCUUCAUGCCACGGCUCUUAUGUUCAGGCUUCUCAGAGAACAUGGGUUUGAUGUUUCUGAAGGUGUAUUCUACCGAUUUAUGGAUGAGAAGGGAAACUUGAAAGCCAGCCUUCGCCACCAGACUGAAGGAUUGGUGAGCUUGUACGAGGCUUCCCAUCUUGCAAAGGAAGGAGAGCACGUGCUGGAAGAAGCUACGAACUUCACAACUAAACAGCUCAAGAGCCUCAUGGAGGGAUCACUUGAGCCUCAUCUCAGGGAGCACGUAGCCCAUGCCUUGGAGCUUCAAUUGAACUGGAGGAUGCCGAGGUUACAGACCAGGUGGUUCAUAGAAGCAUCCCAAUGGGAAGCGAAGAUGAACCCUGUCCUACUUGAAUUGGCUAAGUUGGACUUCAACAGGGUUCAGAUCAUAUAUCAGAGGGAACUCAGAGAAGUGUCGAGAUGGUGGAGCAAUCUUGGCCUCGCGCAAAGGCUUCCAUUUUCCAGGGACAGGUUGAUGGAGAAUUAUUUCUGGACGGUUGGCUGGGCUUUUGAGCCACAGUUUGCAAGAAUUAGGGAGGCGCAGACAAAAGCGAAUUGCCUGAUAACAACAAUAGAUGAUGUGUAUGAUGUUUACGGCACCAUCGAUGAGCUCGAGCUUUUCACGGAUGCCGUCGAUAGAUGGGAUGUUAAUACAAUCGACAAAUUGCCAGAGUACAUGAAGAUAUGUUUUCUAGCCCUCUUCAACUCUACAAAUGACACCGCGUACAAUGUUAUGAAAGAGAAGGGUCUGGAUAUAAUUCCACACGUAAAAAAAGCAUGGGCAGAUCUAUGCAAGGCAUACAUGGUGGAAGCAAGGUGGUACCACCAAGGCUACACACCCAAUCUUGAAGAGUACUUGGAGAACGCACUAGUAUCGAUAUCGGGUCUCCUGAUAUUGACUCUUGCUUAUUGCACCAGUGACGAUUUAACUCAGGAGGCCUUGGAUGAUUUCCAAAGCUGCCCUGAGAUUGCAAGAUGGUCAUCCAUGGUUUUUCGACUUUGUGAUGAUUUGGGUACUUCCACGGACGAGCUUGAAAGAGGCGAUGUAUCCAAAUCUU